GACGCAUCCCCGAUAAACAGAAGUCUCUCUGUUCGGCUGGCGUGCUACGGAAGACAACUGAACACUACCAGUAACGAGUAAUAUAUUAAACCUCCAAGUGUAACAAACCGAACAGUCUUUCUCUGAAAAAUAUUUUACAGUCCGUCGGUACUUGCUACACUUGCUCUAGCCUGGUUUAGAGAGACUUUAAGUCGCGGCGUUCACGUUUUCGGCAGAAUAAAUAUCGGAUAAAGAAAGCAAAAAUAACGGACACGGUUCGGGUGAAAUGUAUGGUUAGUGUUACUGUCUUUGAGGAGGGUGUGAGCUGUAGUUUCUCCUCAAGAGGCGAGGAAUGCUAUCUGAGCAUCGAUGUUUCACUGGGGCAAGUGGAAGAAGAGGAUGGGAGCCAAUAGUUCUUCAAAGAGACCCGUUUUCGAUGAAAAGGAAGAUGUAAACUUUGACCACUUCCAGAUAUUGCGGGCCAUUGGCAAAGGGAGCUUUGGAAAGGUAUGCAUUGUGCAAAAGAGGGACACCGAGAAGAUGUACGCCAUGAAGUACAUGAACAAACAGCAGUGCAUAGAGAGAGAUGAGGUCCGAAACGUCUUUAGAGAGCUUGAGAUCCCAGAAAUUGAACAUGUUUUUUUAGUAAAUCUCUGGUACUCCUUCCAGGAUGAGGAGGACAUGUUCAUGGUGGUGGACCUCCUGCUGGGAGGAGAUCUGCGCUACCACCUGCAGCAGAGCGUCCAGUUCAGUGAGGACGCCGUCAAACUCUACCUCUGUGAGAUGACACUGGCGCUGGACUACCUGCAGAACCAGCACAUCAUCCAUAGAGAUGUCAAGCCAGACAAUAUCCUGUUGGAUGAGCAAGGUCACGCUCACCUGACAGACUUCAACAUAGCAACGAUAAUAAAGGAUGGAGAGAGAGCCACAGCCUUAGCUGGAACCAAGCCCUACAUGGCCCCAGAGAUCUUCCAGUCCUUUGUAAGUGGAGGGACUGGCUACGCCUUUGAAGUAGACUGGUGGUCACUAGGGGUGACAAUCUUUGAAGUGCUGCGUGGAUGGAGGCCCUAUGACAUCCAUGCCAGUAACUCUGUGGAGUCCCUGUUGCAGCUCUUCAGUACAGUCAGUGUCCAGUACAGCCCGGCCUGGCCCAAGGACCUGGUUUCCCUCUUAAGGAAGCUACUGACCGUGAAUCCAGAGCAUCGUUUCUCCAGCCUGUCUGACAUGCAGACAUCUCCCUACCUCGCUGACGUCAACUGGGACGCUGUGUACGAGAAGAAGAUGGAGGCCGGAUUUGUUCCUAAUAAAGGGCGGCUCCACUGCGACCCCACCUUUGAGCUGGAAGAGAUGAUCCUGGAGUCGCGUCCCCUUCACAAGAAGAAAAAGAGGCUGGCCAAGAACCGCUCUCGAGACAACAGCAAGGAUUCACAGUCUGAGAAUGACUACCUACAGGAGUGCCUUGACGUGGUGCAACAAGAGUUCAUGAUCUUCAACCGUGAGAAGUUGAAAAGGCGUCCGGAGGAGGGUCAGUCAGAGGAGGCCGGCGGCGAUGAUGCCAGUGGAGAAGGGGACGCAGAGGGCGGGGACGGAGAGGCGGAAGGCGGGGCCACUGACGAUGACGCCCCAGAGCCAGAACCCGAUCCUGAGCCAGAUCCGGAGCCUGAGUCCUCCUCCAAACGGAGCAUGUGCGGCUCGGUCUGCUCCUCCCCUGGCAGCUGCUAGCGCCACACCGCCUGACAGUGACGAUCGCAGGUCUCUCUGGCCGCUGCAGUGUUUGUGCCAUGCCGAUAAAUAUACCCUCACUCCUCCCCUCUGUUGUAGCCAGGAGCGGAGGGAAAACGCACAGACUGACGCAGAGCAGCACCCAAAAUGUCUCCCACCAUUUCCCCUCCGUUUUUCUUUCUGUAGCAUUCUUCCGGUAGGGUAUGAAUGAAGCAGAGUCCCCGCCUACUGUACCCAUCUGCCCUAGAGUAAGCUCAAACUUCUAUGCAAUGUUACAUUAUAGCAUGACUAUAUAAGGUAUCACUUACUAGGAGGCGUCGUUCAUGAGCAGAAAGCUCCACGAGCAUGAUGACAUCCCGAGCAAUAGCGGUCCGCGUUUUUUGGGGGGUUGCUGGUUUCGGUGGAGACGCCUCCCCUCUCAGCCUUCCUUUUCAAAAUCGGAUGGGGACGACUGAAUUAUUCAGCACCGCAGGCACUCAGUUUAAGUUAUUGCCUGUGUCUUCAGUUCACUCUCCCACCCAGCCUCUUUCAUAACGUGUGCCCUAAUUUAGAACAAUAGUUUCUCCUGGAGCACCUUCCUCCUGUUGCAACACCUUUUACGUAAGUGUUCAUGGCUGUUUUCAGUCCCCUAAGAAAGUCUGGCUGGUUACAUGUUGGUAACCGGUUUAAAGUGGUACCUGUUAAUGCUAAUCAGUAAACAUUAAUCACGCUGUAGCCAUGGAUGCGUUAUAGGUCAGAAUGUUAGUUUGAUUUUCCUAUUUAAGUGUUAAACUACCAUUCUUUCUCUGAGCUUUUCUUUAGGUUAAUGAGGUACUGCAAUUUAUGGGAAAUCAGUACAGCAAUCAGAAUGAAAGGGUUUUGCUUGUCACUGUGUCCUUAAUGGUUACCAAGAUGUAGUAUUUUAGCCCUGCACCGUGCUGUGACUCAGAAAGCAUUCAGAAACUGCUCUGGGUAAUACUGUAUAAAUGCCAAUCACCAACAAUCCCAUCUUUUAAGAAUCUAUUAGAAAGCUCUGUCUACUUGACUAGACAUCAUCAUCUCUUUAAGUGCUUGGUUAGUGUGAAGAUCAUCUCCCUGUAGAGUUAGUUUCAGGGCUGUACUUAAUUGUGUAGCUGUGCCCUGUUGGUACUUCAAACUGUAUAGAUGAGCUAGUCUAAGACUGUCAUAGUGAUAUUGGUACUUUUAAGGUGGUGCCAUUAAUCGCAGUCUGAACACCUGGGAACAUGUAGCAAAGGUUCACCUUAAAACCCUAAGGCCUAAUAGAAUGAAAACCAUGUAAAUAGCAUACAGUGUAGUUAAAUCAACUCACCACAGUUUUAUGUGGGACUGCGAACUCAACAUAUAAAUUAAAAGAGCUGUGUGGAGCUUCAUACUGCUUUGUUCUACUCUUCUUUCCAAGUGUGCUGGCACAACUUGUAGGCAAAAUAUGCCAAAGCUUUUCUACCAUUUGCAUAACCAUUUCUAAGGACCUUUAAAUGUGUGCGUGUAUGUCUCUUUUUUCCCAAUAUAACAUAAGUCAGUUGUUCCUUCUGCAAGAGAAAAUACUAUAAUUUAUACAAUCAUAUUGUGAUAAUGUAAAAAGUAUCUAUUUCAGGUAAGAGGGGGGCCUUAAAGUAAUAGUUAGACAUUUGGGGAAAUACCUAUCGGCUAUCUUUACAAGUAUAUACAAGAAGACUGAUGCCACUCUGAUGUCUGUGCGUUAAGUACGUACCUGAGAGGCGAUUAGCGUAGCUUAGCAUAAAGACUUGAAGCAGGGAAAAGCAGCAAGCCUGGCUCUGUCCAAAACAAUCACUGUUACAGUUCAAAAAUCCACUUACCAGGACCCACUAAAGCUCACUAUUAUCACGUUGUAUUUAGUGUGUUUAAUCCAUCCACACAAAAUGACACAUUUCAAAUUCAUUUCAGGUGAAGUGCCAUGCUCUAUUAGGCAAACAGCUCAGAGGAUUUUCAGAAUUGUUGCACAGACGUCCUGGAUGGAUGGCAAAAGUAUUGUUACAUAGGUGCGCUUUUUAUUUGUGUACAGAUUUAAAAUAAGAUACAUUGUCUUGCCUUUAUGUGUGAGCUUUAGAAGUGUUGGAAGUGGAUACUAAACUCGAGGGAGUGCAAGGCGCUGGUCACAUGACAGACGGAUGCAACCAUAGUUACAUUUACAGAGAGUUCUUACUAGCUAGCUUACAAGUAGUGUAAAACCGGAUCAUGUGUAAAAAAUGACAGUUAAGAGUGCCUUCAGUAGCCUAAGUUACCUUGUGACUUCUGUAUUCCUGUUCUGGUGUCUUAAAUAUGAGGGGUGCCCAGUAAUAGACAAAAUUAAUGUGACAAAAUAAUGAUGAAAAAUUCUAAUGAAAGACACAGCUCUAAUACAUUCAUAUUUAAAUAAAAUAACAACAAACUUUAUUUAAAUAAUCAUUUUACAGCAGCAUAGUGUCACCAUUAUUCAUUUUUAAUAAAAACUCAUGAUAUAGCAUUAACAAAUACACAGCAAAUUGGGAUCUACAUUGUGAUUGUAGCUAUGUUGUAGCAUUUUAAUAACAAUUUAAUAAUGAAGGCAUGGGCUUGUUCGCUGUAGUUUGAUGAUGGAGGGUUCAUUUCAGUUUGGUCUUUCUAGGUUCAGUUGGCAGACCGCUACGUUAGCUUGGUACAGGGAGGGAUGGUGGAGAGGAAGUUAGCCUCCACCAAAAGAGGAGGAAAUGUGCUAUAUUCCAAAUGUUGUCAUAGUAACAUGUUGUGUGUUCUUAGCUGGCUUGCUAAUUUUAGCCAAAUUCACAUUCAGGAAUAACCAGUCCUUGUGGGCAGACACCGGGGCUAACGUUAAGCUAGCUGCUAGCGGUCAGUUUUGAGCCGUUUGACGGCACCUUUAACGGAGCUUGGCUAAGUAAUGUCACCAAUUACUUUUUCUCUUGGGUAAUUUGUAAAGUAGCCCAAUGUAAAUACCUCUUUCAAUUAGUAACAUGUAAUUGGUUAUAUUAAAUUAAUUUGCUUAGCACUGUUAGUUUCAAUUCCGACGGACAAUGGAAUAGCAGAUUAGCUUGCUAGCAAACAUGCUAGCAUGGCUUGCUAUGUGGCCCCUGGUUUUGUAAUUUGAAUCAGUUGCUCUGUUUCCAAUCUUUAUGCUAAGCUAGGCUAAUUGCCUCUUACAGCCACAGCUUCAUACUCAAUGCACAGAACAUGAGAGGGGUCUCCAUCUUCUCACGUAACUCUCAGAAAAAAAGCAAAUAAGCAUAUUUCCCAAAAUGUUGAAGACUUUCUUUAAACACUAGACAUAUGAUUAGAUUAAGAAGCUUCUUUAAAGAGAUAUAAAGUGUCAUCUUCCAAGUCUGCCAAAAUAUAUGAUGAAUUUAAUAGUUUCGAGCCCUGCGCUUAUUUUGCAUGUACCUUUACCAUUAUAAGCCGGUUUUUGCCAAAGCCUGGAGCUUGAGCCCUACUGGCUGAUUUGUGCAUGCACAAGCUUUUGGUAAUAGCUCACCUGAUUAUAGACACAAUCCAAAUCAGAGUAUAACUGGCCUACGUGACUGUUUCUGGACAGUGAGUUUUGUGAACUUUAAACUGUACAAAAUCGUAUAAUCCCAGUGUUAUAUGGAUGGCAUGAUAUUUUUAGAGGAUAUGCAGUACCUUUUGGCAUCCUGUAGGUUGUCUUAAUGCUUUGUUCAAGUAUACAGGCUCGUCCCUUUCCUGGAUGAGUGGAAUGAGGUCAGCAGUUAUGUAGUGAUGCUCCGUUGUGGGUUAAGUGUUGCGUUAUUGACUGUGCAGCAAAGGAAGUUUAUUUGGAACUGGGGCAGGUUUUUACUUUACCCCAACCCAGACUUUGCUGCAUUAUUAAAACACUGAAUGUUUCAUUCUUGGAAAAAGAAAGCUCAGUUACUUCUAAGACUCAUUAAAUCAAUCCACACACCAUCAGAAUCAACAUAGACCUGAAGUGGAUGUGUAAGUAUACAGCACGUUAAUCAUUUGUAAAUGGAUAACUGAUUUAUUUCCAUUUAAGUGUACUGUAGUUUUACUCUAAGUUGCAUUACUAAUCUACAGUUUUGGCAUUUGUUCCUUGAUAUCAGUGAUCAUUUUUAAUUGGCCCGUGCUUGCAAACCCUCCUGACAUGUUUCUUUAUGUGUUAAUGUUCUGGAUGCCGUUAGGUGUUUUGAAAAAAAGGCAUUGUGCUAGUGUAUGACCAGCAACAGCAUGUCUCCUAUUCAGCCGUUUUGUGAUGGAUGCUCUCGAGGCGUACCAUACUGUAGAUGUCUUAACUCUGUGGAUACAGUUGGAAUCUCAGUGCCCUGUUGAGAAAAGAAAUCAGUAAAAUGAGACUUUUCCUCCUCUUGAUUCUAUUUUGCAUAAUGUCCUUGUGCUACAGGAAUUUUACGGAGAACGAUUGAAAAGCCUUGUUUCUGUACAAACUGGAACUGCUCCGCGUGUUUAAAAAAAAAUGCUGCUUUAACUGCUUUGAUAAAGAAAUAAAUCUCCUUCCAGUAA